AUGUCCUAUCCAGGCCAGGCGCACCACCCUCACUCGCCGGGCAACCCUCCCCUCGCCCACCUCAUCAACCGUUCGCAUCCCGUCGACGAGCAGCAUCCCUAUGUACCGCCCGGCUUGGAGCUCGUGCAGGCGCACUGGUUUGUCAGGCAUGGAGAACGCGCUCCGGUCCGCCAGCGCCUCGUCGGCGUCGGUGACAUCCCUCCCGUCUUCUCCCUCUGCUCCGUCGGCCGCGAAUUCCGCACCGCCGUCCUCUCCUUCACUCCCUCCGUCUCGCCUUCUGCCCUGGCCGGCGAACCUCCGUCUCCUGCGAUCCUGCCGACUGAGGCGACGACGGGCAAGAAUGUCGCGGCGGGCACGAUGGACGUGCGGCGGCUGACGGAGGAUGUCGGGUCGAGCGCGAGAGGGACGCGGGGAGGACCGUCAGAUUGCUACUGGGGCGAGCUGACAGACCUCGGCCGACGGUCGACCCUCGAACUCGGCGCCCGCCUCCGCUCGCUCUACGUCGACCAGCUCAACUUCCUCCCGCCCAACUUCACCUCCUCCAACUCCUCCGUUGCCUCCUUCCGUUCGACCAAUAUGCCGCGGACGAUCGAGUCGCUGCAUCAGAUCGUCGAGGGGUUGUGGGGCAAGGAGAAGCGGGAAGAGGGCGCCAAAGUCGAGUACCUCAUCCGCGGGUGGCAGGACGAGGACUUGUACCCGAACACGAGCUGCAAGCGGCUUCGCGCGCUCGACUCCGCCUCGAUAGCCGCCGCAACGAAGGAACAGGUGCCUGUUCUUGCCGCGCUCGACUCGGUACUCGAGCCCGUUGUCGGAGCUCCUCUCCGAAUCGACUCGUCUCCUCGCGCAAGUGGCGUACUCGACACCGUCCUCGUCUGCCGCGCGCACGGAAUCAAGCUGCCGAGGGAGCUCGAAGAUCCGAAGACUCUGCGGUUACUCGAGGGCGCGAUCUGCCACGAGUGGUUCGACGGCUACAAGAACCUCGAGUUCCGCAAGCUCGCGAUGGGCCGCCUCCUCUCUUCGCUCCGACAGACACUCGAGGCCAAGGCGAACGACCCGCUCGAAAAGGUGGAGAAGACGCGGCUGGCGGUGUACUCGUGCCACGACACCUCGAUUGCCGGUAUCCUGAACGCCCUCGAUGCGUUCGACAACCGGUGGCCGCCUUUCACUUCGCAUGUUGCCGUCGAACUCUUCCGCUCCGCUUCGCCGCCCUCGAUCCUCUCCUCCUUCCUCCCGUCCUUCCUCCGCCCUCCUCAGCAGCACUAUGUCCGCCUCCGCUUCAACGCCCGCAACCUUCGAUUACCUGCCUGCGCGCCCGAAGGCAAGCAUCUCCCGGGCUCGAACGGCGAGGUCUGCACAUUCGAGGCGUUCAAGGAUGCGGUCAGG